AUGGAUCCCGUCUCUGUAAACUCGUCCAACACGCUGGUGGAUGGCGGCAAGGUGGCCGGAGAUGAUAUCCCAAAGGACGGCACUGGCGUCUUAAAGCUAGACCCCUGGCUGUCACCUUUCGAGGACUCCUUGAAGCGGCGAUUCUCCAAGGCUCAGGAAUGGAUCAAGCGCAUCAAUGAGACCGAGGGUGGCCUGGAGAAGUUCAGCAAGGGAACCGAUAUUUUCGGACUGCGCGUGUUAGACAACGGCACCAUUGUGUAUAGAGAAUGGGCUCCGAAUGCCGUCAAUGCAUCGCUCAUUGGUGACUUCAACAAGUGGGACAGGACUGCGCAUCCCAUGAAGAAGAAUGAGUUCGGCGUUUUCGAGAUCGACAUCCCGCCCACCGCCGACGGCAACCCAGCGAUCCCCCACAACUCCAAGAUCAAGGUUACUCUCGAGCUGCCCACAGCAGAAUGGGUCGACAGGCUUCCAGCCUGGAUCAAGUACGUGACGCAAGAUCUCUCGGUCUCCCCGGCCUAUGACGCCCGCUUCUGGAACCCUCCGGCGUCGGCCAGGUACUCGUUCAAGCACGAGCGGCCCAAGAAGCCCGCCAGCCUGCGCAUCUACGAGGCCCACGUGGGCAUCUCGUCGCCGGAGCUCCGUGUCACCACCUACAAGGAGUUCACCAAAAACAUGCUGCCGCGCAUCAAGAGCCUGGGUUACAACGCCAUCCAACUCAUGGCCAUCAUGGAGCACGCAUACUACGCCAGCUUCGGCUACCAGGUCAAUAACUUCUUCGCCGCCAGCAGCCGCUACGGCGAGCCUGAGGAUCUGAAGGAGCUGGUUGAUGUCGCGCACAGUCUUGGCCUAGUGGUGCUGCUGGACGUCGUGCACAGCCAUGCGUCCAAGAACGUGCUGGAUGGCCUGAACCAGUUUGACGGCACCGACCAUCAGUACUUCCACGAGGGCGGCAGGGGCAAGCACGAGCUCUGGGACAGCAGGCUGUUUAAUUACGGCCAUCACGAGGUUAUGCGAUUCUUGCUGAGCAACUUGCGCUUCUGGAUGGACGAGUACAACUUUGACGGAUUCAGAUUCGAUGGCGUCACGAGUAUGCUCUAUUUGCACCAUGGUAUUGGAACUGGCUUUUCUGGCGGUUAUCACGAGUACUUUGGUGCCGCCGUUGACGAGGAGGCGGUGGUGUACCUCAUGCUGGCCAACGAGAUGCUGCAUGAGCUGUAUCCGGAAGUCAUCACGGUGGCCGAAGACGUUUCCGGAAUGCCAGCCUUGUGCCUCCCGCUCUCGCUGGGUGGAGUUGGGUUCGACUACAGACUUGCCAUGGCCAUUCCCGACAUGUGGAUCAAGAUUCUCAAGGAGAAGAAGGACGAGGAGUGGGAUAUUGGCGGCAUCUGCUGGACCCUGACCAAUCGCCGGCACGGAGAAAAGACGAUUGCUUAUGCUGAAAGCCAUGACCAAGCUUUGGUCGGCGACAAGACGCUCAUGAUGCACCUCUGUGACGCGGAGCUCUAUACAAACAUGUCGGUGCUCACGCCCCUGACGCCCGUCAUCGACCGCGGAAUGGCGCUGCACAAGAUGAUUCGGCUCCUGACGCACGGCCUGGGCGGCGAGGGCUGGCUCAACUUUGAGGGCAACGAAUUUGGGCACCCGGAGUGGCUCGACUUCCCGCGCGAAGGCAACCAGAACUCGUUCUGGUAUGCGCGGCGGCAGCUGAACCUCACCGAGGACCACCUGCUGCGGUACCAGUUCCUCAACAACUUUGACCGGUCCAUGAACCUCUGCGAGGCCAAGUACGGCUGGCUGCACGCGCCGCAGGCCUACAUCUCGCUCAAGCACGAGGGCGACAAGGUCAUUGUCUUUGAGCGCGCCGGCGUGGUGUUUGUCUUCAACUUCCACCCGACCCAGAGCUUUACCGACUACCGCAUCGGCAUUGAUGUGCCCGGCACCUACCGGAUCGUGCUCGACACGGAUACCAAGGAGCACGGUGGGUUUUGUCGCCUGGAUGAGAACACGCGUUUCUUCACGGAGCCGCUCGAGUGGAACGGCAGGAAGAACUGCACCCAUGUGUACAUUCCGGCCAGAACCGCUUUUAUUCUGGCACCCGAGUCGACGAUCUUGAAACAGAUCGAGACUCGGAGCAAAAAUGCCAACUUUGUCCAUCCAAUAAGCAUCCAUGACGAAUCUUCAUAUACAAAUGGCCCGACCCGGGACCUUCCGGCGACCGUCUCAUCAGCAAGUUGCGAUGCAAAGCGCAAAAUAAAUGCUCCUAGCCGAAAGCUCGUCGAGAGAUUUUCGAACCCGUUUUCUUCCUCCCCCGAGCCCAUCCUUCCACACUACACAUACACCGUCUCAAGUCCGCCCUGCAUCAUCGUCAAGAUGUUCAAGAGCGGCAUUUCCGCCUUUGCCCGGACAGCCCGUCCUGCCUUCGCGGCGGCAUCUCGUCGCGCCGUUCGCCCGGCCUCCUUGAGGGUCCCAGCCUUUAGCAGGUUCGCCAGCACUGCCGGUGUCGGUGAUGGCAAGAUCUACCAGGUCAUCGGUGCCGUCGUCGAUGCUAUUCCUGGUCGCAUACAGCUGACGCGGUCGACAGUCAAGUUCGAUACUGAGAAGCUCCCUCCCAUUCUCAACGCCCUCGAGACCGACAACAAUGGUCAGAAGCUCGUCCUCGAGGUCGCGCAACAUCUCGGCGAGAGCGUCGUGAGGUGCAUUGCCAUGGACGGUACUGAGGGUCUCGUUCGUGGUGCCAAGGCUGUCGACACCGGUGCUCCCAUCACCAUCCCUGUCGGCCCUGCCACUCUCGGCCGUAUCAUGAACGUCACCGGUGACCCGAUCGACGAGCGGGGACCCAUCAAGUCUGACAAGAGGCUCCCCAUCCACGCCGAGGCUCCUGAGUUCGUGGACCAGUCGACGACGGCCGAGAUUCUGGUUACCGGUAUCAAGGUUGUGGAUCUGCUUGCCCCCUACGCUCGUGGUGGAAAGAUUGGUCUCUUCGGUGGUGCCGGUGUCGGCAAGACCGUCUUCAUCCAGGAGCUCAUCAACAACAUCGCCAAGGCUCACGGUGGUUACUCUGUCUUCACCGGUGUCGGCGAGCGUACCCGUGAGGGUAACGAUCUGUACCACGAAAUGCAGGAGACCUCCGUCAUUCAGCUUGAGGGCGAGUCCAAGGUUGCCCUGGUUUUCGGCCAGAUGAACGAGCCCCCCGGAGCCCGUGCCCGUGUCGCCCUUACCGGUCUGACCAUCGCCGAGUACUUCCGUGACCAGGAGGGCCAGGAUGUGCUUCUCUUCAUCGACAACAUCUUCCGUUUCACCCAGGCCGGUUCCGAGGUGUCCGCCCUUUUGGGUCGUAUCCCUUCUGCCGUCGGUUACCAACCCACUCUCGCCGUCGACAUGGGUGGUAUGCAGGAGCGUAUCACCACCACCAAGAAGGGUUCCAUUACGUCGGUCCAGGCCGUCUACGUGCCUGCUGACGAUCUGACGGAUCCUGCCCCGGCCACCACCUUCGCUCACUUGGACGCCACCACUGUCUUGUCCCGUGGUAUUUCGGAACUGGGUAUCUACCCCGCCGUCGACCCUCUUGAUUCCAAGUCCCGUAUGCUCGACCCCCGCAUUGUCGGCCUGGAGCACUACGAGGUUGCCACCCGUGUCCAGCAAAUCCUCCAGGAGUACAAGUCGCUGCAGGAUAUCAUUGCCAUUCUCGGUAUGGACGAACUGUCGGAAGCCGACAAGCUUACCGUCGAGCGCGCCCGUAAGAUUCAGCGUUUCCUGAGCCAGCCCUUCACUGUCGCCCAGGUCUUUACCGGUAUCGAGGGCAAGCUCGUCGACCUCAAGGACACGAUUGCCUCGUUCAAGGCCAUUCUCAACGGCGAGGGCGACAACCUGCCCGAAGGUGCCUUCUACAUGGUUGGCGACUUUGCGUCGGCGAAGGAGAAGGGCGAGAAGAUUCUGGCUGAGCUCGAGCAGAGCGCUUAA